CCAUUAGUCGCACUCCCCAUGGAGUUACUCCUCAAUAUAUCAUCCAACUUGAUCACUACCGACCUCGGCUCAUUCCGACGAUCAUGCAAGACGAUCGAGCUCUCUCUACGCCAGGACUUUGCUCUCGAGUUCUUCACCAAGAAGCAGUUCAUGCUCACCUACCCGAGCCUGAAGGCCCUGAAUGACAUCGCCGAACACCCCUAUUUCUCCAAGAUCCUCAAAAAUGUGGUCAUUGGACUUGACCGCUACAAGAACCGCAUCUCCCGCGAUAUUGCCGGUUCCUCUGCCGACGAGAAUGACAAGUCGUACCGAUUCUACAAAGGUCGCGAGGAGCAGUUCUUCCUGAUCUACUCCGGCGGUGCCCGCAACUUACUGGCGAAGGCAUUCCGGAAUUUGCCCGCGCUUCAAACCGUCGGCCUGCGAGAUGUCAACUCCAGAGGGCGGAAUCGCGAUGGACAUAACAUGCCGUGGCACAGCUACGGUGCUCCGACCAUCGUUCAAGAAACGGGUCAUCAGAUGGUGAUGAACUCCACGUUCAUGAACAGCCAAGCAGAAUACCCAUCCCUUGCUUUCCAAAUCCUUUUCCAUGCCCUGGGAGACGCAGGAGCCAAACCGGAAAUCGUCGAGGUGUUUUUGCGCAUGUCCAUGGCUGGACUCAACGCGGACGGGUUCUCGAUGCCGCCGCACCUCCGCCCUGCAAUGGAGCCGGUUCUUGCAGGCUUGAAGACUGUCCUCCUCGCCGUCGAUGGUGCAUUCCUCAAUACUCAUGAUUCGGACGGGCUACACAUUUUCCAGCAGUCCCGGAGCGACAAAUUCAAACGCUUCCUACAAGCGUGCCCCAACCUCACUCACUUGCGUCUUAAUUUCCAGAACAAAUCGGGGAUCGACGCGUUUCUAGAAUGGUUCGUCGGUUGCAGCGGUUGGGAACUGGCGAGUAAGUCUCCGUGCCAGUCUCAGCACGUCCUCCCUCCCGAGUUUCCUCAUUUGAAGACCCUUGACUUCGGACUCGCCGACAUCACUCCCGUCAUCAUCCUCCUCGCUCUCAAGCGGUACCCCACCAUCACCUCCAUGUCGUUCUGGAAAGUCAUCCUC